GUUGGUCUUACAAGCCCGUGUGGAUUCUGCGGUUGUUCUGGAGUGCCUGAGUGCACCAUCAGAAUCACAGUACCAAGCAGCGGGGCACCUACCAGGGAAACGGGGUGCAAGUACAAGCACACGUUCAGGUACGGAUCUGUCGAUUCUGGAUUGAAAAACAAGCCCUGUCGCAACUUACCCCUCAAAUGCAGACUUUGUCACCCUGUGCUCCCUCCUCAACCCAGCAAGACCACACGAAAAGUACCCAUUCUCCCCGUCGAAGCUGUGUGGCGCUACAACAUGACGGCGCAUAUCCUGGGCCAGCACGAGGAAUUCACCAUACCUGGACAUAGAGAG